AAAGAGACUAUAGGACUACAGUGCAGACUGCAGAUUGUGACUGAAGUUGUAAGUCGACGAGACAAUUACUUCCCGUUGCUCCGUUAGCCGAGCCGAAUCCGAUGACACGCCAACUCCCCGUUGCUCCUCACGCGCUCUCUCACAUCCGGCGAACGCUUCUCUAUUUUUCUUCCCUACCUCCCAUACUUGUGCUUUAUCCGGCGCGUUUGUCAUCGCCGCACCGACUUCCUACUUCUCUCGAUCUCUUCAUCCCUAACAAUAUUGACAACCAAAUCUAAAACUAGAAACUGAUGCACCUGAAGCUUCCCCGAAUCCAUGGGUGAUAUAACGGACUCUCUGACGCAGUCUUCCGGCCCCCUCAACCUCGUCACCACUGCUUUCUCGCACAACCCUCGCCCCAUGCCAGUCCGCGAGGACUGCUGGGGCGAGGAGGCAACGUCUACUCUCGUCGACGCCUGGGGCAGCCGUUACCUGGAGCUUAAUAGAGGCAAUCUUCGCCAGAAGGACUGGCAGAAUGUUGCUAAUGCUGUCAACGCUCUCCAUGGCCAGACCAAGAAGACUCACCGUACCGAUGUCCAGUGCAAGAAUCGCGUUGAUACCAUCAAGAAAAAGUACAAGAUCGAGAAGGGUAGGGUUUCCGCUUCUAAUGGAACCGUUACCUCCUCUUGGCCGUUUUAUAAUCGCAUGGAUGUGGUAAUCGGAUCUAGCGUUAGCGUCCAGAAGCAACCCUCUCCGUCACUCUCGCCAUCCCCGCCGGUUGCUUUGCCGCUCACGUAUCGGAAGAGUCCUGCCUCAGAUCCUCCUACGGCAGUGGCACUACCUCAGAAGAGGCCGGCGGAUGAUGGAUAUUUUAGGAGGAAUUACUCAGCUAUGGCUGCAGCUGCUGCUGCUGCUGCGGAGAGCGAUGAGAGUGAAGAGGAGGAAGAGAGGGAAAGCGAGAGGGAGAGGGAGGAGGAGAGCGAGGAGAAAGGGGAGGGAAUGAGGAAACUGGUGAGGGCAAUAGAGAGGUUUGGGGAGGUGUAUGAAAGAGUGGAGGGUGAAAAGCUAAGGCAAAUGAUGGAGUUGGAGAAGCAGAGGAUGCACUUUGCGAAAGAUUUGGAGGUUCAGAGGAUGACGAUGUUUAUGGACACGCAGGUUCAACUGGAGAAGAUCAAGCGUAGCAAGCUUUCUGGCUCUGAUGACAAAUAUAGCUAGCCAUCUGGGAGAGAGCUGAUUGAAAUUCUUCAUUGGAAACAUUCCUAGGUUUGAAUUUUGUAUUUAUAUCUUGUCCCAGCAAAGUACAUAAAGUUCACGGCUAUAUUCGCAUCAGAAUAGAUAAUCAGCAGUGGCAGAUAUCCGUAGCUGGUUCCUUUUGGUUCUUUUGAUGAAAUUAAGAGCUAUCUUAAAUCAUUAAACGACUCAUCCAAUACAAUGUAUUGCUUAAUUAUUCUGAUUUUGGCUGUAAUGCAGAUUUAGGACGGAGGGAGGGGGGGGGGGGGGGGGGGGGAGGGAUACUGUUGUUUUCAUUUUACAGUUUGUUUCUUGCUAUGAUCAGACCAGGUCAUGUAACUCUUAAUUUGGUAAAAAAUAUACCAAGUAGUAACACAAUCACACUGUAGACCAAACAAAAUACAGAGAGAAUACUACGAAAGUCCGACUUAUUGACUCCA